AUGCCCAAGCUGACACUUGAUUCAGCUGCUGAACACUUCGUACAGAGCACAGUCCUGCGCCAAAAUGAUGCCGAGUGGCGUCUCCACCGCCGAUUUGUGCAUAUAGUCCUUAGUCAAGCUGCUGUCAAACAAUACCACCCUGUACAGGAAGACCUCGCCCGUCGACUCUGCUUCUCCUUGUUGACUCACCCCGAAAAUUUCAAUGCCGAUCUAAGGCUAUUUUCCGGCCGUGUUGUUAUUGCUGUCACGUAUGGCCUUUCAGUCGAUACCGCUGACAGUAAAUAUAUCAAGCAUGCAGAUGCGACUAUGGAUCUGAAGGAAGUCGUGGUCGGAAAACAAAUGAUCGAAGACCUGAUUACAGCGCCAUUCGAGCAUGUGGAGCGGGACAUGCGUGAUGGAUCAGCCGUUCCAUCAUUGACUCAGGAGCUACUAUCGAUGGAAAAGGACGAUAUAUCCGACUUCGAACAAUCUGUCAAAUGGGCGACUGGUUCAAUGUACGGCGCGGGUGCUGAAUCAGCUAGGUUGUUUGAUCUCAGUGUCGGCCGUACAUAUGCCACCCUCCUUGUCUUUGUGCUCGCCAUGGCGUUGCACCCCAAGGUACAGCUGCAAGCCCAAAAAGAAAUUGACGAAGUUAUUGGAUCGCAGCGCUUGCCGGGUAUAGCGGACAAAGCCCAACUGCCAUUUGUCAAUGCCGUCAUCAAAGAGACUAUACGGUGGCGUCCUAUAGUGCCGCUGACCUUGGGCCGGCGUACAUCUCAAGAUGAUAUCUAUCGUGGUCUCUUUAUCCCGAAAGGUGCUAUGGUGGUCCCGAACGUGUGGGCAGUCGCUUUCGCAGCGAACGAGAGGUACGACCCGCAGCAAUUUCUACCGGAGCGAUUUCUAGAUCCAACUGAAGACGUCGUCGACCCAUCGUCCUGGGCUUUCGGUUUCGGGAAAAGGAUGUGCCCUGGUAAAGCCCUUGGGGAGAACUCUGUUUUCAUUGCGAUCACUUCUAUUCUAUGGGCUUUCACGAUCUCGCCACCUAAGCAUGGUUCCUUGAACCCGAAAUUCACCCACAAGCUCAUUAGGUGUGUGCCCUAG